AUGGCAUUCUACACAGCAGCUGCAUAUGACUUGUUCCAGAAAGAGAUUAGCAAAUCAACUGACUACUUGGCUAGACAGAAACCAGGGGCAAAUGAAUAUGAGGUUGUCCAUGUGAAACCGCACAAGAAACUACCAUGGGGAAGGGACAAGUUCACUGUUCGUGCUACUGAUGGCCAGGGCUUUAAGUGUGAGUGUGGUUUGCAUGAACAUUUUGGGAUGUUAUGCAGUCAUGUGCUACGGGUGCUUAUCCAGCUCGGUGUGUUCGAGGUUCCAAAAGCAAACAUACAUAAACGGUGGACCCGUUCAGCUAGGGAUGUCCUGCCAGAAGAGCUGAAAAACUAUGAGCAAGACACUCUAUGCAUGAAGUCUAUGACCUACCAUCACAGCUAUCUGUAUGUCAAUGCUUUGGGAGUAGUAAACGACGGGAACCGAGAUUUAGGUGCUUUUGAAAUAGUAGCAAAAGAUCUGAAGAAGCUACGGAAAAAGCUUAGAGAUAACUUCAAGGCAAAGGAAAAGAUAGUUGCUGAUGGGUUUAAAGAGAGGUUUUCCAUGCAAGGUACUGAUUACGCAACAGAGAGCGAUGGAUGUGUGGGCAGCGGAACUGAUGCAGCACCGAGGGAAGGCAACACGUAUGGUGCUGCUGGAUCAAGUGCUUGGAUGAGUGAUUCAGAGUUGCUGAGCAUCAGGGCUCCCGACUUCAAUCGGCAGCAGGGAGACCAAGGGAAACUCGAUCGACAGAUCCGUGAAGGUUAUGUGUGA